CAAGGUCACACUGCUUUGUUGAUUCUUGAUUCGGUUCUGCAUUUUUUCUGUUUGCGGCGACGGCGGCGCAUUUGAAGUAUAGUUUUCAAGUGCAGCAGAUUGUUUACUUUACGCGUACCUAAUUGUGUAAACAAAUCAAGCGCAGAGCAGUGAACCAGUGAGCUCCAACCCCUCGAGCAACCAAGAUGUCGGGCACCAUACUGGAGAACCUGAGUGGCCGAAAGCUGUCCAUAUUGGUGGCCUCUUUGCUGCUCUGCCAGGUGCUGUGCUUCCUGCUGGGCGGUCUUUAUGCCCCCCUGCCCGCCGGCCAUGUCACUGUGCUGGGAUCGCUGUGCCGCGAGGAUCAUGGCCGCCAGAAUGACACCGGUUUCCUGUUGUACUCCCGCGGCGCAGGUGCCUGCAUCCCAGUGACCCGCGAGGAGGUAGAGCAGGAUUCCACAAAGAUGGCCAAUGAGUUGGUGCAUGUCUUCCAGAUGCCGCUGCCACGUGACCUGCGCGACUUGGACUACUCCCGCUGGCAGCAGAAUCUGAUUGGUGUGCUACAGGUGGAGUUCGGCUACGACUCCUCCUCGGAGCUAAGAGAGCCGCCCAGGGAACUACAGUUGACAAUCGACAUGCGUCUGGCGUACCGAAAUAAGGGCGAUCCGGACAACGGCUGGAAGUUGUACGCCCACGGCGUUGAGCAUCGCUACCUGGAUUGUGUGACUUCUCAUGUGGGUCCCACAGAAACGCUGUACUCGUGCGACAUGAUCCCACUGUUCGAGCUGGGCGCCUUGCACCACAGCUUCUAUCUGCUGAACUUGCGUUUCCCGCUGGACACACCCAGCCAGAUGAACCUGCAGUUCGGGCACAUGCACGAUCUUACGCUGACAGCUAUUCAUCAGAACGGAGGAUUCACCCAGAUUUGGCUGCUGCUGAAGACAAUGCUGUUUCCCUUCGUAGUGGGCAUCAUGAUAUGGUUCUGGAGGCGGGUGCACCUGCUGCAGCGAUCCCCUGCCCUGCUGGAGUAUAUGCUUAUUUACUUGGGAGCCGCUCUGACCUUUCUUAAUCUGCCGCUGGAAUACUUGUCGCUGGUCUACGAGAUGCCGUACAUGCUGCUGCUGAGUGACAUCCGCCAAGGCAUCUUUUAUGCCAUGCUGCUCACGUUCUGGCUGGUCUUCGCCGGAGAACACAUGCUCAUUCAGGAUGCUCCGAAUAAAUCGACCAUCCGGUCGCGUUACUGGAAGCAUCUCUCGGCCGUCGUGGUGGGCUGCAUCUCGUUGUUCGUCUUCGACAUCUGCGAAAGGGGCGUGCAGCUACGCAAUCCAUUCUACUCGAUCUGGACAACGCCGCUGGGCGCUAAGGUAGCCAUGACAUUCAUUGUUCUGGCCGGAGUUUCGGCAGCCAUUUAUUUCCUGUUUCUGUGCUACAUGAUAUGGAAGGUGUUUAGGAAUAUUGGCGACAAGCGCACCUCGCUGCCUUCCAUGUCCCAGGCACGUCGACUCCAUUAUGAAGUUUAUUUAGAUACAGAUGUUGAAAGUUGGCCCCAAAUAUUAUAUUUUUACUGGAAAGCUUUUACUCUGCUUUGCGGUUCUUUUAAACCAAUACUUAUCUCAAUACUUCUUGAACGGAAGGAGAGUCAAACUAAAGGUCUUAUCUACCGCUUCAAGUUUUUGAUGCUUGCCACCCUUGUUUGUGCAGCUCUCACCGUCGCCGGCUUUGUUAUGGGCCAAAUGGCCGAGGGUCAGUGGGACUGGAACGACAAUGUGGCGAUUCAGCCAACGUCCGCCUUUCUGACCGGCGUCUACGGCAUGUGGAACAUCUACAUCUUUGCCCUGCUCAUCCUGUACGCACCCAGUCACAAGCAAUGGCCCACAAUGCACCACAGUGACGAGACCACGCAGUCCAAUGAGAAUAUUGUUGCCUCAGCAGCCAGCGAGGAGAUCGAGUUCAACCACCUGCCAUCGGACUCCAAUCCCAGCGAGAUCUCCUCCCUCACCUCGUUCACACGCAAGGUGGCCUUCGAUUAGGCGGGAACACUUGAAACAUUGUUUUCUAAAGGGUUGUGUGGCAAACUAAGAUGACAAUUUGGCCUGCAGCCGUAACGCUUAAAGUGUGUGCUCAUUUAAUUACCAUAGUCAGUAGCAUUUCUUGCCUAGUUUUGCAUUAUGUGCAUUCGACAACGCGAUCAGCAUUAUAACUUAUCAUUAACGUAUAGAUUGUCUAGUUUCUCUCAGCAUGCUCAAAGUGUACGAUUUUAUCAAAUGUAUUUUUAUGUAUGCCUCGGCAGUAUUAUCUAUUGAUGUCCAAUUCGCUAGCUUGUAAGUUUUAACAUAUUUAUCGAAUAACAUUUUAUACCCAUACUUACGUUUACUUUAUAUUGCUGAACAAUAUCUUACCUCGGAAACUAUAUGUUUAAUAUUAAUAUGAUUUGAAAAUCGAAUAGUCUAUAAAAUGAUAUUAUGCAUAUAGUUUCAAGUGCCAAAUUGUCCACAGAUUUAAACAACUCAUACGAUUUAUAAAUUAUUUUACACUUGCCACCCAAUAAUAUAUAUCCACCGGACGACUCUUCCCAGAUUUUACAACUAAAACGUAGAGCAAUUUUGUAUUCAA